AUGGGUGCCGACCAUGAGCAGGAGUAUCACGUUCGAGACCUUGCCACGCGAGCGGUCACUCUGUUUCCCUCUCGUGCCCAGGUUGUGCGCGACAUCAAGAACAUCCCUCUGAAGCAAGGAACAAAUCAGAUCACCAUUGUCGGCCUGACCCCAAACCUCGAUGAACACUCCAUCAAAGUCGAAGGUACCGGUUCUGCCAUCGUCACUGACAUCAGCGUCGAGCUUCUGCCCAAUCGAGACAUAUUCGACGACCUCUACCCGCAGUCCGACGGAAACGACGACGACAACCAUGAUGACCACUCCGAGACCGACUUGGACUCGGACUGUAGUGCUGAUACCGGUGACCUGAAGCUUGUCCGGAAGAACAUCAGGCGCUUCGAGUACGAGCAAAAGGUCGCCUACGAGAUCGGGCGCAGCGCAGCGAGUCGCUUGAAGAUCCUGGAGUCUUUCGGCAAGUCCCUAGCCACAAGAUCCAAAAGCCAAUCCAAACUCACAAUCGAGGAAGGCAAACUCACAAUCGAGGAAGGGAUUGAAACAUACCGAACCCAACGGGAAAAGGUCUUUCGGGACCACAUGGAAGGAAUGACCAAGGAACAAGAUGUUGAGAAGCGACUCGCUGAGCUGCAGCGAAGGCGAAGGCCCAAGAAGCCCGGCAGAAGGACAAGGAGAACCAACGUCGCAAGGAAUGCAAUCAAGCCGAGGAGAAGGACCGCAUCCGCAGAGAAAGAGAAGCUUACUGGCCCAAAAAAAGUGUACGUUGUCAAGAUCAACCUCGAAGUGUCAAGCUUCACUCCCAUCCCAUCACGUCGUGGUUCCGUCUCGAGUGAUAUUGUGAAGAUUGUAUCUGAUCAGGAAGCCGACGAUGCCCUGGGCGAUACACCCGCCGGCACCUGUGAUCUGGCUCUGAGCUAUGUGACAACCGCUGCUUUUUGGUCACCAUGCUAUGACUUGACUCUGUCGACGACUGAGAACUCGGGAAUGCUGUGCUUCGAUGCUCGCCUCACUAACCAGACCUCGGAGACCUGGGACAAUUGCAAGUUGGUGCUUUCCACUUCGCAGACCGACUUCUCUGGAAUCAGCGACACAACUCCAACAUUGACGCCCUGGCGCAUCUGCCUCGCUGGCAAGGCCAGCGUGGGAUCAUACGACGACAUCAUGUACUCGGGACAUGAGCAAGCCCGCAGAGCCAAGCUGGCAUCUCAGCGGGACAUAGGUAUCUCGCACCGGCCCCGGCAUGAACUCUUUGGUGCAGGCGGCGUUUCUGGGUGGCCUGCUCACCGAGCAGCUCUUGCCGAACAAGCAGCUCAGUCCUACCGCGAGCCCCACUACCGGAUGCGUAGGCAUAGAAACAUGAGUUUCUCGUUCGCAAGACAUGGGCAAUCGGACCAAGCAGCCUAUGGUUUUUCAUCUUCCGCUGGGCCCAGUGACUUUACUUCCGCACCCGAGGUAGUGAGCGCAGAAGGCGGGCGCUACGACUUUGAUGACGCGCCCACAGUUGCUGAACAGCAGCCAGAACUGGCUUUCCAAGAGUCGAUUUUGGAGGAGACGGGUCUCACGACAACCUAUGACUUGCCCGGCUUCAAGUCGCUUGCCCCCUCGUCGUCAACCUCAAAGCAGCGCGUUGCCCGCGUCGCCUUCUCCCAUGUGGUCUUCAGCCAUACUGUUGUCGCCAAGUACAAGGCCGCGGCCUACCUCAAGGCCAAGGUCCGCAACGGCAGCAACCUCACGCUGCUGAAGGGCCGAACUGGCCUCACCCUCGAUGGCAGUUUUCUCGGCCGGACUACCUUGCCGCGCUGCAGUCCGGGGGGUUCGUUCAGUCUUAGUCUCGGUGUUGAUCCUGCCGUCCAGGUGGCGUACCCCAAGCCUGACGUCAAGCAAAGCCAGACGGGGGUGUUCCGCAAGGAAGACAGCGGCAUGUACACGCGCACCAUCACCCUGUUCAACACCCACGCCGGCGAGCAAGGCAAGCCCAUGCGCAUCACCGUCCUGGAUCAGGUUCCCGUCAGCCAAGACGAACGCCUACGUGUCGAGGUACUCAAGCCGAAGGGCCUGGUUCGAGAUGGCGAGAGUGUUGCCGCUGGAGUUUCGGGACAUGAGACUACUCGGGAUGACGGUGGCUGGGGCAAGGCGAAAGCCACGCUCAAGAAGGGAGGCGAGAUCGCUUGGGAUUUUAUGGUCAAUGCGGGACGCAAGGCCAAGUUGAACUUGGAGUACCAGUGUGUCUCUUUCCUGCGGGGGAUCACGUCGCCACCCGCAGCUGGCUAUGAUAAAUGGUAG